GUUAGGAUCUGUCAGUAAAAUUGGUCUUAAACUGGAUUCCUUCCAAAUUUUAUUUGAUAUCCGAAAACUGUUCGUUAUAGAACUGCUAGUUUUAUUUUAUUCAUGACAUUUCGAUUGUAAUGGCGGCAAAAAUGCCAGAGUUGAAUUAUUCCUGUGAGAUAUGUGGAGCUGAUGGUUUGAGUGAUGAGGAGAUGAGAGUGCACAUCGUCAUGUGUCACUUGAAAGGUGCAGCGUCAUGUCCUUUCUGUGACCUUGAAGAUGUGACAGCUGAUGAGAUGUUGACACAUGUAAACACUGCCCAUCUGGAUUACCUAACUCCGGAACAGGAACUUCUUACUUUUAUUGAUGACGAUGAUGACUCGGAGAGACACGAGGAAAUGUCUAACUGGAGCGCCAGCAUGAAACCUCACAACGGGCUGCCGAACAAUAUCAACAACAAUAAUAACUCGUAUUGUGAUUUGAAGUCUUUGGAAAAAGAAGGUGCCUCAGGAUGGUCACCGAGGAGGUCUCAACUAGCACUGAACCUCUCCAGCAGUUCGUCUGCUUCUCUAAUGACACCGGGGCUUCAGAAGUGCCCCAUGUGUAGUUAUAGCAAUGAAAACACAUCACAGUUAGAAGAGCAUAUCAAUAGGCAACACUUUGAUCUCACUAGUCCCUCAUUUCCAGUCGAUACGCCAUCAGGCUCUUUCAGUUGUCCGCUUUGUGCACAGAACUUCUUUAAUGCUUCCGAUCUUGAACUUCAUGUCAAUAUUGAACAUAAAGACAUCCUUAGUCCUGGGAAGGUGAGCUCAGACAUUUCUGUUGAAAAAGCUACUGAAAUGUGCCCAAUUUGUUGUAUGAUGAAUUUCAAAUCGACAGAAGACUUAGGCGCUCACAUUGAAGACCACUUUAACCAAAAAGUCAUGUCGCCGCUCAGCCCAGACGUCUCGUGUGAUCGAAUGCUCGCCAGGGAGAUGGAGAAAAGAGACAAAGAGAUCAGGAGGUUGAGAGAACAACAUGAGUUUGAGCUACUUAGGGCGCAGUAUGGGAUGGAUAACGAAGGAAACUUCCGGGAGCAGAGCCUCACCAACAUGCAGCGAGCUGUGUACUCGGGGGAACUCUCAGUGGCCGACUACUACGAGAGACAAAUAGAGUUACGGAUGGCUGAGAGUAGCGGUGUUGAUGAUAGCAGCUCUUGCUCUAAAGACAUAGUUCCUCAGGUGUACGCUAUCAGUAGCGGCUGUCCCAACGUUGCCCACACUCUCAUGUGUACCACGGUCGACCACUAUGCCUCCACCUACGGAGACAAGGGCUGGGGCUGUGGAUACAGGAAUAUGCAGAUGAUGUUGUCCUCACUACUGCAGCACACAGGCUACAAUGAGCAGCUGUACAAGCAGUGGGCCGUGGCGGGGGCUGUGAGAGGAGAGAUGCCGUCACGCAGUGCCAUGCCUUCCAUUUCCCGAUUGCAGCAUCACAUUGAGUGGGCGUGGCACCAAGGCUUUGACUUGCAGGGCUGCGACCAGCUCGGAGGCAAAUUGUCAAACACUCGUAAGUGGAUUGGAGCUACUGAAGUUGUCACUGUUUUAUCAUCUUUAAGAAUAAGAUGCCAGUUGGUAGACUUCCAUAGACCUACAAGUGCCAACGGCAGUCACCCGGAACUGUUCAACUGGGUGCGGCAAUACUUCGAGGCUCAUGAUGACUUUAAGCCUCCUCUUUACUUACAACACCAAGGUCACAGUCGGACCAUCAUCGGUGUGGAAGUGCUGCGGGACGAGACGGUGAUACUGCUAGUGCUAGACCCGAGCCACACUCCGCAGCAGAUGAGCGAGCUGCGAGCCACCAACACUGCGGUGUCGGCCAUGCGGCUCAUACGACGGUCACUAGCCAACAUGAAGGCCCGUCACUACCAGGUGGUGGCCGUGUGCGGCAUCAUGGACACCGAUACAGAGUACCAGCAAAGUAAAGUGCUUAGAUCUAUGAGAGUACCUCAAGAGCGAUGAUGGAGCUAGCGGAACGUCAGAGCUACCUCAGAUUCACGGAUCUUCUCUAGAAGACGGAACAGAAACCAAGAUUCUCCGCUUGACCUCGCCCAGGGAUUGACCCUUGUUAGACAUGCUUACUAUGCAAGCAGGCUUACUUACUUUCUAGUCACUUAAUUAGACGAGAUUAUCUCUUAAGUACGUUUGCAUCAAAUCAUUACAAUUUUGCACCUUUGUUCAUUAUAUUGUGAGUUGAAUCGCAAGUCGUCUUUUUGUAACCCACCUCCUUUAUUGUAAAAACUCUGCCUGUAUUACAAGGAAAUGUUUUAGGAGAGAAAAUAGAAGCCAUAGAAUAAACAAAGGAAAAUGUUGGGUUAGGUUCAUCUUGAAACAUUUUGUGAGAAUCUAGUUUAAAAAUGGUAUUAGGCUACUAUUAUAUAAUUUUUAAUUUUUUUGGUUUUUGAUUAUGCAUGUAAAAAGGAUUUUCACACAUUAUACUUUUAGAAUAUAAAAUAAAUUAUAUCGUAUAUCUAA